UUGACUCAAUUGUUAUCUUCACUAAACACGUGUUUGUAUUGAAAUUAAAUAUUUAAAAUAAUUGAUUGACAACUUGUGAUCAUUUAACUGAUCCAUUGUUUGAGUGACAAUGGAUGGACACGAUGUGGUCGACGGAAUGUGUGUUUCAAAACAAAAAGAUGGUUACGAUGUGAAUCAAGUGAAAGAUGAAACCAAUAAUAACAGUGAGGUUCAAGUUGUUUGUAUUGGUGGUGAUGGUCAUCAAAGUUGUGUCGGAGGUAGUGGUCAUCAAAGUUGUGUCGGAGGUAGUGGUCAUCAAAGUUGUGUCGGAGGUAGUGGUCAUCAAAGUUGUGUCGGAGGUAGUGGUCAUCAAAGUUGUGUCGGAGGUAGUGGUCAUCAAAGUUGUGUCGGAGGUAGUGGUCAUCAAAGUUGUGGCGGAGGUAGUGGUGACCAACAACUACCCGGACAGACAGUCGGUCAAGUGGUCAACAAUGAGGCGAUGCUUAAAGUGAUCCCUUGUGAUGACCCGUUCAUUGGCGACGAUUACUAUCGAAUGACAUCAAAAGUUCGUGGAUUUUGUCUCAUAUUUAAUAUCUUUGAGUUUCAAAACACAAAUGAGAUGAGAGAGGGAUCGGUGGCCGAAGCGAACCGUUUAAAGACUGUGUUCGAGCAGUUGCUCUUUGAUGUCAAAGUUAUGGACAAUCCGCACAAGAAAGCCAUUGAUACUUAUAUUAAUGAUUAUUCCCAAAGAGAUGAGCUCAAGAAUCACGACGCCUUUAUCCUCAUUGUUCUUUCACAUGGAGUCAGCCAUGGAUUUAAAGCAUCCGAUGGACAGUAUAUAUCAUUUAAAGACAUCGCAGAGAAGUUGAAUAAUAUGAAUUGCCAUAAUCUGGUUAAUAAACCAAAGUUGUUAUUCUUCAGCUGUUGUCGAGGAGACAUUAAAGACUUUGGUAUUGAGCACAAUGUCGAAGCAUUGGAAACCGUUUCAGUGAACUCUCCCGUCACUGAUUCGGUUCCUUUUGUACAACAAGAAGACAAUAACACCCGAUUAGACAAAGUUACUGUUCCAACAAUUAGUGAUAUAAUGAUCUGUUACUCAACCGUUGAUGGAUAUGUCUCGUGGCGCUGCAGAGAGACCGGCACUUGGCUUGGAUUCGCUUUAUGUCAGAAUCUCAUUAAACAUUCACAUGAAUGGGAUUUAUUGAGAAUCUUGACUAAAAUUUCUAAUGACAUAAAUGAUAGAAGAAGUGAUAUAUACGGAGCCAAACAAGUGAUUGAAGUCAUAUUAAGAGGUUUUAAGAAGACUUUCUUCUUUAAUCCGGGAUAUUCUAAACCCGACGACAAUUCUUAAACAACAAAAUCAAUAAUAUUAUUAAAAUUCUCAUUUUAUUGAUUUACAUUUUAUAUACAUUUUAUAGUUAAUAACUGCCUUUACAAAUGAUUUUUUAAAAAGUGCUUUAAAAUAGUGGAUUACUCAACAUUGUUGACCAUUUCUUUAUGCAAAUUAUAUAAUAUUAUCAAAAAAAACUUGAAAAGUUUUGUUUUCUGAAAUCUAUACGAGCCUUUUGUGUGUGUGUGUGUGUAGCAAUUUUUUUGCGAAUUUUGAAAUUCUGACUUCAGAUUCGGUUAGAGGACUACUAAUAAUGUAUUGAAAAGUUGCAUUAAAAUUUUGAUAUCUCUUCGGGAACAUAUAGAAAAUGGCGGCCAAAGUAAAGAAAAUUUUAAGAAAAAAUAUUUUAAGUAUAAAUUUGAAUAGAGCAUCAAAAGCAAGCAUAAAAAUAUGCAUUAAAAUUUUGAUAUCUCUUCGGGAACAUAGAGAAAAUGGCGGCCAAAAUAAAAAAAAAUUUAGGUAAAAAUUUUAACGUUUAGAAUUGUAUAGAGCAUCAAAAAUAAGAUAUAAUAAAUUAAAAUUAUUUUUUUUAUUUUUUUAAAAAUGGCGGCCAAAGUAAAAAAAUUUAGGUAAAAAUUUUAACGUUUAGAAUUGUAUAGAGCAUC